CAAGACAACGACACAGCGUUCACAGCACGAUUUAUUUUUUGUAAAAUUUUGCUAUUAUUUUUUCUUUUGUUGCUGUAUUUGUGGAUUUUAGAUAAACUGCAUACAUAAUGGCGUCGGACGAUGAUGAGUUUGGUGCGGCCAUUGCCAUCGGAUCGGAGACCACUGAAGCGGAGAUGGAAUUCGAAAAAGUGUUGGAACAGAUGCGCGAGGCGGACGGUCUCAAGUUCUAUUCCGACGUUUACACAAAGCUUUACGACUCGUAUUUUAAACUGAAAGAAGAGAACAUCGCACACCAAGAAAAACUAAACAAUAUGACGACUAGAAUUGGACGCUACGAUGAGAUGAUAAGCGAAUAUUUAGCUGAAAUAUCGGAAUACAGUAAAACUGUGGAAAGGCUGAGAGGAGAGAUCGAGGACGCGCGAGCCCUCGCCGAUGCCAUGCAUUCGCGGGAGCUGGCCGGCGUGGAGAGCUUGGAGACGAUGAAGAAGACCCUCGCUCGCUUGGAGAAGGAACUGGACGCACGAAAACGGGCUGGAGAUGAUGAUGCGGGUGCGACGUCGGCAGUGAAGGAGAAAGAGAAGUUUGAAAAAGAGAAAGCCAGGCUGCAAGGAGAACUGGACGGUGUGAAGCAGAGGCUUGACAACGCUUUGAGUUUCGUUGAUGAGUUGGAGCAUAGGAACACCACUGCUGAGGAAUCCAUUGCUAAAAUGGAGGAACAAUUAGAGGAAGCAGACAAUAACGCUGUGAGGCAAAACAGGCUGGUGGAUCAUUUGAAGUCGGAAUCUGAUACCCUGAGGGCCGAGGUGGAGGAGAGGGGCAACACCAUCAAAAAUCUAACUGAUAAGCUUUCAAAAGCCGACAAAGCUCUGGAGCGUCGUGAUCGCCAGCUGCGCGACAUGGGCGCCAAGCUGGAGCACGCCCAGCAAGAGCGAGACGCGGCCAACGCCAAAGCCGCCCAGCUGAGAGACCAGCUCGACUCCACCAACGCGGAGAUUGACAAGACCAAGGCGAAUCUUGUCAAUACUAGCAAGGAAUUGAAGAAUAUGACCGACGAAUCCAACAGGCUUCGCAACGAGGUAUCCAAACUGAGCAAGCAAGCUGUUCAGCAAACGAAAAAAUUCCAGCUUCUCGAGCAGGCCAAGGCGGGCAUCAUAGCUGAUCGGGAGAAUUUGCGGCAACAAGUGGCAGUGAUGGAGAGGGAGAUACUUCUGGGCAACAAGCAAGCCGAGGCAGACAAGCGGGAGAUUGAGAACCUCAACAGAGAGAAGGACAUAAUGACAAAAAACAUUCAGAAGAUACAGAAUGAGGCAAUAGAGAACCUGAGGCUGAUACACCAACACGAGACGAGGAGGAAGCAGCUCGAACACGAGCUGGAUAUGAACGCGACGCAAAUCAACAAGCAACGACUCAUGAUACGACAGUAUGAGAAGGAUAAGGACAGAAUGUUAGAGGAGACGAUUGCUUUGAAUGAAAAGAUCGACGAAACAACUGAGGAAGUCCGCCUAAGAACAGCCGAUAUUUUGGAUUUGAAAAAGGCACUCCGGGAGGAAUGUAUCAAGAGUCGCAAAUUCUCUGUCGCGUUAGACGCCGCGCGAGCUGAAAGGAAUAUGCUACACAAGAACUAUACCGAAGCGCUCGAUGAGAUUCAGGAUCUUAAGCAGAAGCUAAAGAUGUUAGCGUAUCAAAUCGAGCAAUUGAAAGAGGAUAUAACCGGCAAAGAGACCGGACUCAGAAUGUGCGAAAGUACGCUGUCCAAAUGCAACAAGAAGAAUGAACAGCUUCGGGCUGAGAUACAAGCUGGCAUCUUGAAGUUGUCUGAGGCGAAGGCAGAGAUCACUGCGCUAAGGCAAGAGGAGGCUCGGCUCAACAGGAUCAUACAGGAAGGAGACACAGCAAGAGCCAAGCUAAUGAAGGAGCUGGAAGGCCUCAUCAACGAGCGAGACGUCGUCGGGGCGCAAUUGGUGCGGAGGAACGAUGAGAUCUCCCUGCUCUAUGAGAAGAUACGCAUACUAGAAGUUACCCUACACCGUGGUGAACGCCAAUAUGAACAGAGGGUAGAAGACAUUCGUCUGUUGAGACUGGAGAUUCUCAGACUGCGCAAAGAGAAGAACUUACUGUCAAAGGGCAUCGAGAAUAUGACUGAUUUGAGAUUGGAGGUGUUUAACUUAGAACGUGAGCUUGGGCGGGAGAGAUUAAGAGUGCGCGCGCUCGAGCAGGCUUUAGAGACGCCUCUGAACGUGCACCGCUGGAGGAAGCUGCAGGGGACUGACCCCGAGAGCGUGCAUCUCACGCAGAAGUUGCGGCUGACGCAGAAAAAAGUCCUUGCCCAGAGUGAAAUGCUUGUUUUGAAGGAUCGCGAGCUGAAAGAGACGAAAAACUUGUAUACCGCCGUCAAGGACAUGCUAGCUUUACAACCGAGUCCAGAAAUACAGCAAACGUUAAACAGAACGCAAAGGGCUCUCACACAAAGAACGGCCAAAAUGAAAUGUCUCAUUGCAGAGCUGAGUAUGCGCGAGCGUCAAGUAGCAGAUCUCAGGUUAGAGCUCGACCGCGGGAACAGCGAGCUGGCGUCCUUCAAGCAGAAGUACUACGAGAUGAAGCGAGCCCUCGACGCUGAGGAGGUCCGGCGUCUGCGAGUGCCGACACCGGUCACGCCCAACACCGCGGAGAAGUCUUAGAUGACGGUUCACACAUUUGCGACUAUAGGCCACCAUUCGGACUAGCGUUUUUUUAACGUGCGUUAAAUAAAGCGUCGCGUUUUUAAAACGCUGACUUGUGAAUUUGGGAAUGCAUUUGUUCUAUUUGAACGAAUUUUCAACGUCCGUUAAAAAAGCGCUCGUGCAUUGUUAAUACUGUUCGAGUACAAAUCUUUGAUUUGCGGAAGAUUGUCUUUGGUUAUAAUUGUAAAGUACACAG